AUGUUGCGAUGGAUUGUAGACGCCGCCCGAGACCUCGGUCUUCUACGUCAAAACGUUUUUCAGUCGACAUCCAGGUUCAGAGAUUCAGAAGAACAGACACUACACGAUCACUGGAUGUCAUAUGUUGAGUCAGAGUCCAUGAAGCUAUCCAUGUACACUCUGCUGUUCCUCGACUUUCAUAUUUUCUCCCCUUGCAAUAUUCGCCCGCUUACCACUCCCACCGAGCUCGAUUGGGAGCUGCCCCUUGCUUCAUCAUUAUGGGAAGCGGACACAUCGUUAGCAUGGGCCCAACGGCUCGGAGACGAACCCCGAACUGUCGGACUCACCCGGUCUCACGACACGCCUGGCAUGACUUGCCCAACAACAAAAUCACUAAACCUUGCCAUGCAAUCAUUGAUGACGGACACACCGAGUCCGCAACUGUUAGCGGCGCUGCGGGCUUCGCCGAUGGCAACACUCUUCGUCCUUAGCAGUCUCGAUUCCCUCGUCAGGGAUUUUACCCGGUGCUACUACCAACUCCCACCGGCUUUGGCCGACCCAAAUGCGUACCACAUCCUCACUCAAUCUCAAAACAGGCAGGUCAGUGCAGCCUUACGAUACGUUUCCGAGAUCAUCACAACGCAAAUCGCCGCGGCGGAUAGCUCGAACUGGCACAUCUUGAACUUUGCUGAGCGUAUUGCGCUAUCUGUCAAGCUCGCGCUCUGCAAACCCGAUGAUCUUCUGAUUGGUGGUAUCGUGGAGAAUAGCGUCGUUGCUGGCCUCACCACCGCGACACAUCUCACCAUGGGACUUCAAGUUGGAGCUCGCAGAUCGUUGCAAAACCUACUCAGAUACAACUCCGGCGAUGACGGGAUGUUGGUCUUCCUUGAUGACUUGAUGGACGUCCUGUCAAGUGUGACGAGCAUCGAGAGACAAGAUCCGUUGCGAGAAGCGCCGUGGGCGACGGUGGCUACAUACAAGAUCCUCCUGGCAAUAUGGAGAUUACUUCGAUGGGCAACAGGAGAGAUACGACGGAAGGCAGGUACCCAGCCGACCGUCCGCACUCGGUUUGAGGCUUCUACCAUCGUCUUUAAUUCCAUCCUUGAAGUCUUGCAGCGACAAGAGGACCUCCAUGGCCAAACUCGGCGCCUCUCGGUUCGGGAGUCUACCGCAUUAGGCAUGGCGUCGGAGGCGAGCGAGGUACGCUUUAUGGAAACCGUAUUACAAUUCUGGAAGGGAAGACCUGUUUGGGCGAUGGGGUCCUUCAUGACAACGGUGCUCGAGGAGGUCAUCUCGGCUGGUGGUAUGGCUUAUGAGUAA